CUCAUGCUAAAUCUGUAUUUUUCUUAAAGGCUUAUGAAAAUUUUGCUGAAAAAAUGUUGCUGCUUCAGUGUAGACAUGAAGCCUCUUUUCCUCAGCUAGAUACCUUGGCACCAAAUGGAAAAAUGGAGAUUCUCCUGAUCUUUCUGGGGCUGCUUGGUAAUUCCAUUGCUAUGCCGAUGCACAUGCCCCGAAUGCCUGGAUUUAGCAGCAAAAGUGAGGAGAUGAUGCGGUACGGUCAAUUCAACUUUAUGAACUCCCCUCAUUUGGCACACCUGAACCCCAUGUAUGGAAACGUCCCUCAACAGUUCCCACAGUACCAGAUGCCCAUGUGGCCUCAGCCACCACCCAACACUUGGCACCUGCAGAAACCCUUAGGACCCAAACGUCAGAACAAGACAGAUCCAACCCAGGAGACUCAGAAACCCAACCAGACUCCACCAAAAAAGCCACCACAAAAGAGGCCUUUGAAGCAGCCACCACGUGCCCCACCUGAGCCCAAAGAAGAAACUCAGCCGCCUCAGGCGUUCCCACCAUUCAACAAUGGGCUAUUUCCCUAUCAACAACCACCAUGGCAAAUUCCACAGAGGAUGCCUCCACCAGGUUAUGGACGCCCGCCAGUCAGCAACGAAGAAGGAGGGAAUCCUUACUUUGGAUAUUUUGGAUAUCAUGGCUUUGGGGGUCGCCCUCCUUAUUAUUCAGAAGAGAUGUUUGAACAAGAUUUUGAAAAACCCAAAGAAGAAGAUCCCCCUAAAAAAGAGAGUCCAGGCACAGAACCCACAGCUAACUCAACGGUUACAGAGACAAAUUCUACCCAACCAAAUACCAGAGGGAGUCAGGCCGGAAAUGACACCAGCCCAACAGGAAACGCUGGGAGCAACCCUACAGUUCAAAAUGGGGUCAUCCCACCCCCUACAGUCAAUGCUUCAGGUCAAGGAGUGCCAGGAAGUCAGAUCCCAUGGAGACCAAGUCAGCCAAAUAUUCGUGAAAAUUAUCCAAAUCCUAACGUAAGAAGAUUUCCUUCAGGAAGACCGUGGUAUCCCACUGGUACUGUCACAGGGCACAGACAGAAUGGACCUUUUUAUAGAACUCAACAAGUUCAAAGGGGUCCUAGGUGGAACUCCUAUGCUUGGGAAAAUAAACAAGCAGCUCGUCCAGGAAAUCCAACUUAUCACAGAGCUUACCCUUCCACUUCAAGAGGUAAUUACCCCAAUUAUGCAAGAAAUCUAGCACAUUCCAGAAGAAAGCCUCAGGGGCCAAAUAAACACCCUAUGGGAACCAGUGCUGCCCCACUGAGUCCCAAACCUGGUACCGUUGACCGCAAUGAGAAAACACAAACUCCAAGGGAGAAGCCACUGGGUCAAAAAGAAAGAGUAGUCAUUCCUACAAAGAUUCCAACUGGCCCCUGGAGAAACUCACAGCAUUAUGAAGUUAAUAAAUCAAAUUAUAAACCGCCUCCCCCUGAAAGUAACACACGAGUCCCAAAUUUUAAUUCUAUUGAUCAACGUGAAAAUUCCUAUUACCCGAGAGAAGAUUCUAGAAGAAUCCCAAAUUCUGAUGGACCAACUCAGAGCCAGAAUUUGCCCAAAGGGAUUGUUUUAGAGCCAAGAAGAAUCCCAUAUGGAUCAGAAACUAAUCAGCCAGAAUUAAAGCCCAGCACCUAUCAGCCUGUAUACCUUGAGGAAAUCCCUUCUCCUGCAAGAGAACAUUUUCCUACUGGAAGAAAUACUUGGACACACCAAGAAACCCCUCCACCUUUUAAGGAAGAUCCCAGAAGACGGGAAGAACAUUUACCUCAUCCUUCCCAUGGCUCUAGAGGAAAUGUUUUCUACCCUGAAUAUACCCCCUAUGAUCCCAGGGAAAAUUCACCAUACCUUAGAAGUAAUACAUGGGAUGAGAGAGAUGAUUCUCCCAAUACCAUGAGGCAACAAGAAAAUCCACUGUACCCCAUAAAUAUUCCAGACCAGAAAGAGACAGUCCCUUAUAAUGAAGAGGACCCAGUUGAUCCAAUUGGAGAUGAAUCUUUUCCAGGACGAAAUAGAUGGGGUGAGGAGUUGAGAUUUAAAGGAGGCCCAACAGCCAGGUACUAUGAAGGUGAGCAAUAUACCUCAAAUCAACCAAAGGAGUAUCUUCCCUAUGCCUUAGAUAAUCCAACAAAACCCAGGGAAGAUUUUCCUUAUAGUGAAUUCUCCCCCUGGAACCCAGAUGAGAAUUUUCUAUCAUAUAAUACAGCUCCUACCAUGUCACCACCUAUUGAGAGCAGGGGCUAUUAUAUGAAUAAUGCCGUUGGAAAAGAAGAAAGCACUCUAUUUCCCUCAUCGAACUCCUGGGACCAUAGGAUUCAAGUCCAAAGGCAAAGAGAAAGAAGGCCAUAUUUUAACAGAAAUUUCUGGGAUCAAGGAACGUAUUUACAAAAAACCCCUGUUAGUCCACCAGACCGGAAGGAGAAUCAGCCCUAUUUCAGUAACUACCCAGCUGGACUUCAGAAAAAUCCAACCUGGCAUGACGGUGAGAAUUUGAACUAUGGUGUGCAAAUUACCAGGUUAAAUUCACCAGAGAGAGAACGUUUGGCCUAUCCAGACAUAAUUCGUCAAAGUUACCCAUCAGGUCAAAAAGAAGCACAUUUAUUUCACCUAAGCCAGAGAAGACCCUGCUGUUCUGGUGGCUCCCCAGGGCCCAAGGACAAUCCACUGGCUCUACAAGACUACACUCCAUCCUAUGGCCUUGGGGAGAACCAAGAUACCAGUCCUCUGUAUACAGAAGAUAGUCACACCCAGCAUGCAAGACAUAUCAUCUCUCCAACAAGCAUCAUACCUGGGCAAAGAAACAGCUCAGAGAAGAGACUGCCGGGGGAAAGCCAAAGCCCAAGUCCUUUUAGAGACGAUGUGUCCACUCUGAGGAGGAACACACCAUGUUCUAUAAAGAAUCAACUGGGCCAAAGGGGAAUUAUGCCCUUUCCUGAAGCCGGUUCCCUUCAAUCAAAGAAUACACCUUGUCUCAAAAGCGAUCUUGGAGGAGAUGGGAAUAAUGUUCUGGAACAAAUUUUUGAAGACAACCAGCUCAACGAAAGAGCUGUUGACCUUACUCCUGAGCAGCUUGUUAUUGGUGCACUUGACGAAGGCCCCAAUCCGGAAGGCAUCCAAAGCGAAGUUCAAGGAGAUGAGAAUGAAAGGCAGCAGCAAAGACCAUCUAGCAUUCUGCAGUUACCAUGCUUUAGCUCUGAAUUAGCAAAGCAUCACUCUUCUGGCCCUGGAACUCCAUCUAGCAACGGGAGGCAAGACCCAUUUGAUGGGGAUCCAGCUAUGCCUACUGAAAAUCCUAAAACACUGGUUGAGUUAGCUACUAGGGAACAAUUUCAGAGUAUAAAUGUAGACCCACAUAAUGCAGGUGAGCACAGUCCAUUUGAAUCCCUUCAAAGAGGGACCAAUCCACAAGACCAGGUACAAGACUGCUUACUACUUCAGACCUAGGGAGAAUCUCAACCAAGCAUUCUUGGGGGAAGGAAAAUAAC